AAGUUAAGCAUGCGCAGUAUUAUUCAACAAAGUUGAGGUAGGGUUUAGUGUCUUGGAGUUUGAUGGGUUCCUCUUCAUUUUUGCGCUUACAGCGUUUGUAGUGUACUGAUAUCCCACAGAAAACGUUAAAGAUGUGACAUCGUGGACAAUGUGAGUUUGUGAGAGACCAGACAUGUCAAAGUUAAUUGCCAAAAACAAGAGUAAAAAGCUGGGUUUGUUCAAGUUUCGGAAAAGCACAACAGAUUUAUCGGAAUGGAACAAGAAUGAUGAGAAACUCUUGAAGGCCAUUGAGUUGGGGGAUGUGGACAAAGUCCAGUCCCUCCUGCAGAAGAAAACUUUAGUCCCCACCAAACUGGGACCCCGGGGAUUAUCUGUAUUCCAUGUGGCGUGUGCUUCAGGCCAGAUUAAGAUAGUGGACCAGUUAUUGCAGUAUGGUGCUGAACCAAAUGUACUCACAAUACAAGGUUGCACAGCAUUACAGUUAUCAGCCAGCAAUGGGUGGCCACAAGUGGUUCUCAAGCUUGUUCAGAUUGGAGCGGUAGUGGACCACAAGGAUGGGAACAACCUGACUGCCCUCCAUCAUGCCUGUAUGGAUGCGAAGCACGAGUGUGUCCAGGUCUUACUCCGAAGUGGAGCUGAUAUCAACAUCAAGGAUAAGACCGGGAAAACCUGUCUGUUUUAUGCAGCUCAUUGUGGAGACUUCAACAUCUGCAAGGAACUGCUGGACAAAGGAGCAGACGUCAAUACAUGUGACAAUCACAAAGUUACUCCACUGAUGGCCGCAGCAAAGAAAGGUCGCACUGAUGUUUGUGAGUGGUUACUGAAGAAAGGAGCUGACAGGAACUUCACUGACGUUCAGGGUCGUAAAGCACUGGAUUAUGCAUUGCAUGAAGGUCACAAUGAAAUAAAAAGAAUUUUUGAGAAAGCCCCCACCAGAGCAUCAUGGGAUUUACAAAACGAUAUUGCCAAAUCGAAGCCAGUCCAGGGGGCAGCAGGGGGACCUGAUGUGGGAGAAGCCGUGGAAAAUUCACAUGUAGAUCAGGCUGAUGUUGUAGAGUUUGUAGAAGAACCUUCACCAAAGCCAUCCCCCAAAGUGGAACAUAGGAAUGUGGUGGGGGAGGAGUUAUCACCAAGAACAUUGUCGACAGCCAGUUCUUCCACCCAGAAUUCUGAACAACAGCAACUUCAGCAACAGAGAGCUAUGGAAGCAUACAAGGAAUUGGGUACACAGGAAUUAGAAGAAGAACAUGAACAACUCAACGAAGACUUGAACAGGAUGAUGCUCCACAACAGGAAGUUGCAGGACGAAGUGGUUCGACUCAAAAAACAGCUGGAACAAACCGAGUCUGAGGUGGAGGUUGAGAAGAUGCAGGAGCGGAUUGAGAUACUUGAAGAUGCAUUGUCUGUAGAAAAGGAAAAGAAUCAGGAACUUCAACAGAAAUUUGAUGCUAGUGAAAAACAGGUUGCUGAAGAUGGUGAAAUCACCGCUGACACGUGGAACGACAAUGAGAAAGGCCUGUUUGAUACCCUAGAAAGGAAAUCAAAACCAGAGGAUAAACAGACGAUUGCAAUGCUGAGGAGCAAGAUUUACACCCUAGAACAAGAACUUAAUCAACAAAAGCUGCACAAGGAAGAAGAAAAGCCCCAGACUAGUGAAGCUAAUCACUCAGAUGACAUUGAAUCACAUGACCUGGUGGUACAGUUAAAGAUGGAGCUGGAGGAAAUGCAGGAACGUGUUGAUGCUUUAGAGGAGGAGAACAAGGCUUUGUCAGAUCAAGUGCUAAGUCAGCAAGCAGAGGUUUUAAAGAAAUUGAGAGCAGAGGAAAAUGAAAAGGAAGAAAAACUUCAGAAGGUUGUUGAGAAUGGUAUAGAAAGUGGAAAACCAGAAAAUGAUGGAGAGGAUAGUCCCACUACAGACAUGUCUACACUACAGGAAGAAAAUGUCAGGCUGGAAGAAGAGCGAGACAAUCUGAAGGUGGAUUUGGAGGCUCUGAGGGACACUUACGAUAAGUUAGUACAGGCGGGGGACAAUUUACAGGACAUGUACGACCAGCUGCUGAUGGAGAAAGACCAGCAGUACGAAGAGUUCGAAAAACUGGUGCAAGAAAAGGAAGAAAUUGUCAAAGAAAAUGAAUUUCUUCUCUCAGAUGGUAAUGCCAUGCAUGAUGACCUUGAGAAGCUUGUCCAUGAGCUGGAGAAACUUCAGGAAAAGUACAAAAGUGUGAUGGAAGAAAAGGAAGAUUUAGAGAGAAAACUUAGUGCUUCAAACUUUUCUGGGAAAGCUAGUGAGAUGGCGAAGGUUAUGGAAGAGAGAGACAAGUUAAAGCUGGAAAAUGAAGAAUUAAAAAGUGAGAAUGAAAGUCUGAAGCAUGACCAUGAUGUGGUGUUGGAAGAAGUCCAGAAUAUUCAGGAACAAAACCGGCUUCUACAGAGGGAGCAAGAUCAGAUCCAGGCGGAUUUUGAGGAUGCACAAAACGAGUUUGACCAACUCACUCAGAAUCAUGAAAUUCUGCAGCAGGAUUAUAACCAGUUAGAACAGGAUUAUUCUGAACUGCUGCAGGACAAGGACAAAUUAGAGCAAGAAUUUCUAGAAGUGCAAACAGCAAGUGUUCAGGUAGAACAGAGAAACCCAAUCCUCCAGGAAGAAAAGGAACAACUGCAGCAGGAGAACGAAAUCCUUGCGUACGAAAAGGAACAGCUAGAAAUGACAAUCAAUGAACUGUCCAAGAGUAAUGCUCUUAUAGAGGAAGAGAGUAGUAAGGUUCAACAGGAGCUGUCCAAAACACAGGAACAGCUCAGACAGGAAGUGGCAGCCCGUAACAUAGUGCAAUCAGACCCCUCAGCAGCAGACAAGGAGAAGCAGAUCAAGUCGCUUCAAGUCCAGGUCGCCAGACUUCAACAACAGCUCGCUGAAACCGAUCGUCAUCAUAUGGAUGUGAUCAAUACAUACAGAACGCACCUGAUCAGCGCAGUCCAGGGACACAUGGAUCCAGAUGUGCAACAGGCCUUGUAUAAUAUCAUAGAGCUCCGUAGCAUGGAAGAAUACUGCUAAAAUCGGGAGAAAAUGAAAUGCCUGUCAAGAGGAAAUGUUCUUAAACUGCCAAUCAUAGAGUCAGCAAGAUCUCCCAUUGAUGUCUGAGAAGGAGGAAUUGUGGGCGUGUCCAAUCACAACAGUGCAGAUUUUAGAUCAGGAUGUUUUUGUCUUUGUAGGGAAAAUGCUUGCCAUUUUUUUGGAGGAAAUAUUUUUAACAUGGUAGUCUCAUAAUGUUUAAAUGAAAUGUGAAGCAAUUUUUUCUUUGAGUUAAUUUAGUUGAAUACCUGACAAUUGAAUGCUUUGCAGAUCACAGGUACUGUGUGUGCUGGAGUAAUGCAGUAAAUUUUAUUUAUUUAAUUUUUUUUAAAUAAAAGAUUCGGUGCAUCAAGCAACUGGUGCAUUAUGUGAGAGGACAAUCUUAAGGUGGCUAGGUCUGUUUUUAUAUUCACAGUCGACUCAGGAAUCUAACUCAUACUCAUUUUGUCUAAUGCUAUAUAUAUAUAUAUGUGUGUGUAUUUUCAUAUCAUAUUAUAAAUUUUAUACCAUUUUCUUGAAAAACUUUUAAAUUUCUAGUUUUGCAUAGUUCUCGAAAUGUAGUUUCUGAAAAACACUAGCUGAAUUUUGUGUUUUAAAAAAGUGUCUGUGUAAACAGUUUUUUAACAGUCUUAUAUGUAUGAGAAAAGGUGCAGGGAAUAUUGAACAAAUAUGUCUCUAAUUACAUAUUGUAGUUAUCUCAUUUCAAAAAUUGCUCUUGUACUAUUGCUUUAUAACAAAUUUUCCUUUAUCGAAAGGGUAAAAGCAGGUGUCUGACAGUUCGAAAGCAGAGCUGGUCUACAUAAUUUGCUUGUUAUUCUCAGUGUACAGAAAAAAGCAUUAAUUAAGGCAGCAUUACUGCUUCUUGUAGGAAAAUCUCAGUGAUAUAAAUAACUGAUCUGUUUUCUUUGUAUUCCUGAUAGGGCCUGGUAAUUAGGAGUAGUCGGAUGUAUACAAAUUAUCUUACAAUUUAUUUGUCAUGUGAGUCUUCUCACAACAGUUUUAAUGAUUGUAAAGUACAGCUUUAUUACUAUGAAAGAAACAAAUUGUAAACAUUACUAUGAAAGAAACAAAUUGUCAACAUGGAUAUUUCCGUGUGGUGUUGAUUACAUGUAUUUCCUUUGCAAAUCAUACGUGUAGUGUUUAAUUAUGCGAGGUCGAUAUCUUUCAUAUAAAAAUUUACAGUAUAUACAAUAUGCCAAAUUCCUUCUUUUUUCAUCAAGAUUGGAUGAUUAUAUUAGUAAAAUCAAUUUUCUUCUAAUAUCGUGAAAUUUUAUUUGUUGUACAAACAAGAAAAGAAAUUUUAAUAAUUAUAUCCAUUCUCUCUGUUUGUGCAGAUAUUGGCUGUGCCUUUUUGAACACUAAACGAAUUGUACAAAUUGUAAAUGAAGGAAAAUCUAAAAAGUCCUAAGUAUCAGCAUGGGUUGUAGUUUGUAUUCUGUUCUUGUAUUAUUAUUUUUUUAAAUUAUUGUGGGGGGGGGGGGGGGGGGGGGGGGGGGGUUGUCCAUGGAAAGUACUGGAGAUUUAGUAGUAUUUUGAUGUAACAAGAUAUAUAUGAAAAAAAUAUUGAAAAUGAGCACUUUGAGAAUGAAGGGGUGGAUCCUUUCUUGAACAUUCCAUUCGUGUACACCUUUCAUGUUAAAUAUGUGAGCAUUGAACAAACUAAAUUAAUACCUAUUCUCAUUUUUAUUUUCCACAUUCCCUUUUAAACUAUUUUCCUUAUUCAAAAUCAUAGAUAUCAUACUUUUUAUGUGGCCAUUACCUUUUUAAUUUUCUCUUCAAUUGUUGGCCAAAAUCAGUCACCAUUCCCAGAAAAUGUGUGUGUUUGUACAUAAUUAUAUUAUUGCAAUAAAAAAUAUAUAUUUUUACACAAUAAAUUUUAUUUUGGUGAAAUGCAUAUUUAAUAUGUAUGAUGAACAAUAAUAUUCCGAAAUAAACAGGAAACAUGA